AUCCCGCCGGGCACUUACACGCUGUCCAACACGCUCAACAUGCGCACCGACACGAUCCUCAUGGGCGACGCCACCAACCCGCCCGUGAUCAAGGCCGCGGCCGGCUUCAGCGGCAAUUACCUUGUCAACGGCCAGGAUCCGUCCACGGGCGUGUCCGGCGAGCUCUCGUUUGCCGUCGGCCUGAAGAACGUCGUCCUGGACACCACGGCCGUCAGUGCCACGUCGAGCAUCUCUGCCCUGUACUGGGGCGUUGCCCAGGCCGCUCAGCUGCAGAACGUCAAGAUUGUCCUUGCGCCGUCAAGCGGUGGAAAGGGUCACACCGGCAUCCAGCUCGGCCGAGGAUCGACCCUCGGCCUCGCGGACGUGAGGAUCGAAAACGGCCAGACGGGAAUCUGGCACAACGGCCACCAGCAGGCGCUGUACAAGAGCAUCUACUUCUACCGCAACACGGUGGGCAUGCUCAUCAGCGGCGGCAACACAAUCACGCUGCUGAACCCGACCUUUGACACCGUCGGCACCGGCGUCUCCAACACGGGCGGCAGCCCCUUCAUCGGCAUCGUCGACGCCACGUCCAUCAACUCGGGCGUCACCUUCAGCACCACCGUCUACCCGUCCAUCGUCAUCGACAACCUGACCAAGGACACGAGCUCCGACGUCGUCGUCCUGCGCGGCUCGACGGCCCUCGGCGCCUCGUCCCACGUGGUCAACUACAGCUACGGCAACACCGUCGGCCGCAACCCCAUCUACGGCGCCGUCUCCGGAACCGCGGGCCGGCCCGCCGCCGUCGCCCCCGGCGGUCGCAUCCCGGCCGUUGCCGCGCCCAACUUUGCGCAGAACCCCGUCACGGACUUUGUCAACGUCAAGGACCCCAGCCAGAACGGCGGCCAGACCGUCAAGGGCGACGGCUCGACGGACGACUCGGCGGCCCUCAACAAGGUGCUGCAGUUUGCUGCCGCCAACAACAAGAUUGCGUAUUUCCCCUUUGGCGACUACCGCGUGCUUUCGACUCUUGUGGUGCCUGUUGGCUCGAGGCUGGUUGGUGAGGCCUGGGCGACGGUUUCCGGUGGUGGCAACCUGUUCAAGGACGCCUCUAACCCGAAGCCCGUUGUUCAGGUUGGCAACGCUGGCGACGUCGGUGUUGCCCAGAUCCAGGACAUGCGAUUCACCGUCUCUGAUGUGUUGCCGGGCGCCAUCAUCGUCCAGUUCAACGCUGCCGGCUCCAAACCCGGUGACGUCGCGCUCUUCAACUCCCUCGUCACCGUUGGAGGAACCCGAGGCGCGGAUGCCCUGACCAACAGCUGCGGCAAGGCCAGCAGCGAAUGCAAGGCUGCCUUCAUCGGCCUCCACUUCACCGAGAGCUCGUCUGCCUA